UUGACUGCAUGUGUGGAGACUCAGUGUGUGUGUAUGUUGCUGUGUGCAUGAGUUAGUGUGUGUGCAGGUGUGUGUGUGGGUGUGUGUAGCAGGUGUGUGUUUAGGAUAUGUAUUAGGUGGUGUAAGGGAGCUUACCAUUUGUGGCCAUGGGGGGAUACGACGCCGGAGUUGGGUUAAGACGGAGCCGGGAGGCAGUGGCUGCUGUUGGAGAAGGGGCGAUCACAGUGGUGAUGGCAGUCGUGCGACGUUGCCGGCCGUGAGGCGUUUACAGCUGGUCUGGUAUGACGGUGCUGGAGCUGCGUGCGACCAGGAUGGUGCAGGUUCGUCGGAGACGAUGGAGAAACAAGUGGCCGUCGUAUGCCGGUGAGGAUGAUCGGAGCUGGGAGUAUGGCAGAAGGACUUCGCCGGUAAAGAGAAGGUUGCCGGUGAUGGUGCGGAGAAAGGAGAGGGGCUGUGCGUGGGAGGUUGAGAAUGGAUGGUGCUGUGGAAGCAGUGGGUGACAGCUGGUGUGGUGUGGCUGUGGCUGGGUAUUGCUGUGAGGUGGCUGGGCGGGGACUGCAAGGUUGAGAGAGAGAUGGACCGUGUGUGAAGGAAGAGCAACAGCGCUGCGUGGGGGAGUAGGAAGAAGGCUGUGGCUCGAAGAAAGCAAGGAGGGUUUCUUUUUUGUUGUGUCUCCACCCCCCCCCCCCCCCGGCUCCAUGAAUGCCCAUUGCAAACUUCCUAUUUAUAAAAGAAGAACAAACCCUAAAUAUCUAAAACCCUAAGCUCCUCCUCUUUUUUUCUUUUUUAUUAUUUUUAUUUUCUUGCUAACAUAAAGCCCAAAAAUAAAAAAUAAAAAUAAAGACUCUAUCUAAAAAAUUCCACGACUCUCAAUUUUAAAAUAUCGGGACUCGCUUUAAAAUAACCGGGACUUGGGACUCAAUAACUGGGACUCGGUUUUAAGAACUGGGACUCUAUCAGGACUCAGUCGGGUCCUCUCAUUCCCGGGAUAAAAAGUUGACUUCUAAGUACACCGGGUUUUCUCAGAAAGGCCUGGUUAAAAUUUUUAUGUCUACAGUUGACUUUAUAAUUUUUCAUUUGGAUUAUUUUUUUAUGUUAAGAGGCAGGUCUGUAGCCUUGAAUGACCUGUUCUCAGUUAGCCUUCUUUCCUUGUAUUCAUACUUGUGCUUAAUUAUUGAUUUAUGACCUUCUUCCAAAAAAAAAAUUGCAGUAGUCUUUAAUAAUAAUAAUCAUAAUGUAAAAAACUAAUUAAUUAAUUAACUAACUAAUAAUAAAAAUAAUCAAGUAAUUGUGUUAUCAAAGAGAAUCAGUUAAUCAUAAUAUACAAACAAAAACAAAAAAUAUAAUUAUUUUUAUGAUGAUAAUCAUAAUAAUGAAACCAAGCAAAUAAUAAUAUAUUUUUUGAUAGUACUUUUUCUAUGAUAGCAAUCAUAAUAAAGAAAAUAUCAUAAUAAUAUUGUUUUUUAUUAUUGGAUUUUAAUAUUUUGGUUAUUAUUAUUAUUAUUAUUAUUAUUAUUACUACUUACUGAUGGAAGCUCAAUGAUAGGGACAUUUUGUAUGUAGAGAGAGGCAAGUUUUGAAUACCCAUGUUUAUGACUUUAAGGUACAUCUUGCUCUUUUGGGGACUCCAAGAUGUAUGUUUGUAUGUCACAUAGGAUUCCCACAAAAAUAGUAUUGGGGAUGUGGCUCAUAUUCAGAGCGGAUCACAUGUACCGGAGGAAGCUACAUGAAGCGAGGGACAAUUGCAUGAGAGGAGUCUGCAGGUCUGAGGGUAAACCGUUGACGAUUACUGUUGGUGCAGAUUAUGUGAUUUCAAAUCGGGGGCUUGUAGAUUGGGCUAAACCGGAGGGAUUUCUCCGGGGAUUGACACAGAUAUGGUUUAGAUAUACUCAUGGUUUUAAAUAACGGCCGUUACGUAGCGUAACGGCCGAUACGUAACGAAAAUCGGAGGCCCCGAAACCGAUACGGGCCGAUAAUGCGGUUCGGAAAAAAUUCACGGCCGUAACGGCCGUUACGGAGGCGUAACAGCACGUAACGGCCGAUUCUCCAACGUUACACUUCGUAACGUCCGUUACGGACCGUUACAUGGCCGACAGGUCGCAGAUUUGCUGAAGGAUUUCUGCUGCAGGCAGCAGGCAGCAGGCAACAGGCAGCAGCGCUGCUUUCCCCCUCUCCCCAGUCCCCACACUCAUCUGCCAUUCAAAGGGUAAAAUGGAAAGUUACAAACUGACCUUGAAAAUUUGUUGGCGCUUGGCGGAAGCAAUAAGAAGGCUUCGAAGCCUGAGAAUGAGCACACCGAGGCUACCGAGCAGAUCUACUCAUCUUGCAGUUCCAGCAACUUGGCGAGUCACCAGCGACGGCGAAAGGUCUGCAGCAGCUCCGCCAGUCGUCGUAAUCGGCACCUUCCUCCGCCAGUCGUCGCAGUCGCCACCAGCCAGCCUCUCGUUUUAAGCUUCGGAGGCUCGGAGCUUGGAGUCAUCGCUGCUUUGUGCUUCGCAGUUCGCAGCCUUCGCUCCUUCGAGUUCCCUCGAAUCCCUCCCCUCUCUCGGUCUGACUCGACUACCAGGCCCAGCGUAUGAGACACUCUAACACUAACACUCAACACCCACAGCACUUUUCAUUAUGUUUUUUUUUUUUUUAAAUUAUAUUUUGUUGUUCACAGCACUUUUCAUUAUGUUUUUUUUUUUAAAUUAUAUUUUGUUGUUCCCACAGCACUUUUCAUUAUGUUUUUUUUUUUUUUAAAUUAUAUUUUGUUGUUCCCACAGCACUUUUCAUUCUGUUUUUUUUUUAAAUUAUAUUUUGUUGUAAAAUAGGUUUGUUAAAUUGAAUUAAAAAAAAAAAGUAAUUUAAUAGAGUAAAAAAUUAGAAAUCAUUAAUAAUUAUGUAAAAUAAAAUUUUCUUAAUUUAUAAAUAUUUUAAUUGUAUUAUAUUUUUUGAAAGAUAAUUAUGAAAAUUAAUUCCAUGACAUAGCAAGCAAUUAUUAAUAGUAUAUAAUUAAUAUUUUUUAAGGUUAGUAAAUAAUUAAUAUUUACCAAUAAUAAUUGAAGCCUUUUUUAUAAUAAUAUUUGAAUAUCAAUAAUCCACUACUGCAUUCACCAUCUAAACAAAGCAUUAAAAUAAUGUAUGUACACAAGACAUCCAUGUGAUGGCAUUUUAUAUUAUCUAGGCUUAAUUGAGCUCUAUUUUUCACCAUUCUUAAAGAAUUCUAAGGAAUACUCUGCACAAUUAUUAUAAUAUUUAGUCUUAGGAUUUGCCAAAUUCUAAGGAAUACUCUGCACAAUUAUUAUAAUAUUUAGUCUUAGGAUUUGCCAAACUUACAGAAAUAAAAUUAAUUCAUGGCACCAAUUGGCUAACAUACUAUUUAUGUCAGCUGGACAAAGUGGUUAUUUUGAUAAAGAAGAUAUCAUAUUCACUCCCAUCUAUUGAAAAAAUAUUAAAUAAUGUUCAUAUUAUAAAAUUAAAUUAAAUUAAAUAACAUCUGUCACCCAUUUUAUGUUACAUGUGUAUCUACUUGCCAUUUCUUGAGUAGGGUGACCCUGUUUAUUAAUAUUUUUUAAGUUUUAAAACAUUAUUUUGACCUUAAAUUUAAAAUUAGGUAAAAUAAAUGUUUACAUCUAUUUUUUGUUUUUAGUUAUCAAAUAAAGUAAAAAUUGAUAACUUAAUAAUAAAAAAAUUAACCUAAUAGUUAAUACAUUAAUAAAUCUGAUUUUUACUAAUUACUACUGGAAUUUGUAGAAAAAUUUAAUUUUAAUCCAUAUACUGAGAAAAUGCUUAAAAAAUUAAAUAGUCAAUUUGUAAUGUAUGGAUCUCUAUUUGUGAUGCUAUGAUGUAUAUGAAAGUAGAGCAAAAAUCUUUUUCACCUGUUAAUUUCUUAUAGUUAUAAAUGAAAAUAAAAUCAAGCUAUGAAAAAUAAUGAAAAUAUCUUUUUAAAGAUAAAGGAAUAUAUUUUUUUUGUAAUAAAAUAUCUAAUAUUUUAUAAUUUUGUUUAUUUAAAUAUAAAAAUAAUAAACAUUACUUAUUAUUUUUAAUCAAAUAUUAUACUUUAUUUUUACGUAAUAAGUAUUUAAAAUUAGGACUAUUUAGUACUUAUUAUUUAAUAUUUACUAAAUUACUAAUUAUAUUAUUCCUGUCAUUGUAGAAAGGUUGUAACUUUGUAUUUUCUUUAUAUUUUGUGUAGAGAUCAUCAAAUUAAGUCUAUCAAUAUGUCACGUGAUAGAGGAAAUGAAAACUUACCUAGUGAGGAUAUUGGAUGGCAUUUUGGUUCUGCGGUAGACGGUAAUAGACAUGUUAUUAUGUGUAAGUUAUGUGGGAAGAUAAUCAAAGGGGGCAUUACACGCUUGAAACAACACUUGGCACAUAAAAAGGGUCAAGUAGCUGGAUGCUCAAAUGUGACCACACAAGUAAGAGAACAAAUGAUGAAACAUCUACAACAGUAUGCUGAGAAGAAAAGAGAUAAACAAAAAAGGCAAGAAGAAGCAGAAGCCCAAAUUAGAGGAGAUUUUGAGAAUUUGAGCGAUGAAGAAGACUUAGAAGAAGAAAGUAUGAGAUUUGCUCGACAAGAAAGCAUGCGAUCACAACAACAAUGGGAAGAAAGACAAAGAUUUCGAGCAAGAACAACUGGAAGGGGUAAUAUUUAUGAAGAGGGAGGUGGCUCUGGCAGUGGUGCUACCAGUGGUUUCAAUAGAGCAGGAGUUCGAUCUUAUAGUGGUCGAGAAGCUGAAGGUAGUGGACGACAAUGGAUCAAUCCUGAUGCCCCUGAAGCUAGACUAAAGGCAAUGGAUCCUAUUUUAGAAAGAAGCAAGAGUGCGAAACAACCAAAACUCAACACAAAGUUACUGAAAGGUUUAAGAAGUAAAUUAGGAAAAGCGGUUGGAAAAUUCCUAAUUUAUAAUCGGAUUCCAGCGAAUGUAGCUGACUCUCCAUUUAUGCAGCCUAUGCUUGAUAUUGCUGCAGAGGUUGGAAAGGGGGUGAAGGGUCCAUCACCCUAUGAGAUAUCUGAAAUUUAUUUGGAGCAAGAGUAUCAAGAAAUGAAAAAUUAUAUAGCUUCUUUUGCUGGAAUUUGGAAGGAAAGAGGUGUAACACUUAUGUGUGAUGGUUGGUCAGGACCAACUAGAAAACACAUUAUAAACUUUUUAGUUUAUUGCGAUAGAGGCACCGUGUUUCAUAAAUCAGUUGAUACCUCUGAUGUGCCAAGCAGAACAGCUGAAUAUUAUUUCAGGUAAUUUUCUAAUUUUAAUUGUAUAUGCAAAUAGUAUUAUGGACUUGCAUGUUUUUAAUUAAAUAGUAGUAAUUAUUGAAUCUAUAAUUUCAUUUCAGAUUAAUGGACGAGGUGGUUGAAGAAAUUGGAGAGGAGAAUGUUGUUCAAGUAGUGACUGAUAAUGAAGCUGCAAUGAAGGUAGGAGGAAAAUUAUUGAUGCAGAAGAGGCCCAAUCUCUAUUGGACAGCAUGUGCAGCUCAUUGCAUAGACCUUAUUCUUGAAGAUAUUGGUAAGAAAAGUAACGUGAAGAAGGUCUUAGAAGAUGCAAGAACAAUAACCUCAUUUAUUUACAAUCACACAUGGACAGUGAAUUUCAUGAAGAAAUUCACAAAUAAUAGAGAGUUACUUCGCCCUGCCAUCACUCGAUUUGCCACAAAUUUCAUUGCUUUGGAGACUAUUGUCAGGCAUAAACAAGCACUAAGGGAAAUGUUUACAUCUGAUGCUUGAAAAAACUCAAGGUUUGGAAUGGCAAAAUCAGGCCCAGCAUAUGAUUCGAAGAAAAUUAUCUUAGGCAAAGAGUUUUGGCAAAAGGCCUCUGAUAUAAUUAAAGUGCAAGAACCCUUGGUGAAAGUUCUUAAAUUGGUUGAUGGUGAUGAAAAACCAACCAUGGGCUUCAUAUACGAGGCAAUUGAUAGGGCGAAGUUGGCCAUUCAAAAAGAUUGCCGGUUUUACAAAGACUAUUGGAAAAUUAUUGACAACCGGUGGAGUUUUCAGUUGCACCAAGAUUUGCACGCUGCUGGGUAUUUUUUGAACCCACAAUUUCUUUAUGGUGCCCCACCCUCUCCUGAAGUUGCUAGAGAAGUCAUGGAUGGAGUUAAAAAAGUAAUAACCAAGUUGGUACCCGAUAUAGAUACUCAAAUUCGGGCUAUUAAUCAAUUGUUGCUAUAUCGAGAUAGGCAGGAGACUUUUGGAACCCUAUUGGCUCAAAGGGCAGUGAAACAAACAAAUCCUGCUGAAUGGUGGAUUCAUUAUGGCUUGUGUGCCCCUGAACUCCAAAGAAUAGCAAUUAGAGUUCUUAGUCAGACCACAUCAGCUUCGAACUGUGAGCGUAAUUGGAGCACCUUUAGCCUCAUCCAUACGAAAACAAGAAAUAGAUUAAAGUACAUGAGACUACAAAAACUUUUUUUCGUACAUUACAACAUGAGGUUAAAGUUAAGACGUACAAUGAGAAGAAGCCAACGAGAAAUUGAAGAGGGUUUCAAUCCUAUCAAUUUGGACUACAUUUUCGAAGAAGAUGAUCCUUUAAGUCAAUGGUUAGAGGAGAGAGAGACACCACUACUCGACGGUCAGGACAAUUCAAAUUGGUUAAAUGAAGAGGUUGGUGGUACUACAGAAGGAGGUGAUCAACUACCAAUAAACGCGCAUGAUGAUUCAAGUUCAAGCCCUGAACGUACACAAAGUGAUGACAAUCUUGGUUUGAGCCCACCAAGUGAUGAUGAUGGUAAUAGUGGUGCUGGAGCUGGGGUUGGGGGGGGUGGCAGUGGUGGUGGUGGAGGCGGUGGUGUAGAAUAUAAUUAUGGAUAUGAUACAGGGACAUCAUUUGGAAGGGAUAUAUAUCCUUCUGAUCCUUAUGGACUACAUGACAUACCUGAAAAUUAUGACUUGGGUAUUCCUCCAGGGAACCAAUCUUCAUAACCCAGGAGAAGGAGUGCUCGUGGUGACCCUAACGAUUCUACUGAAGAUUCAUAUGGUGUGGUUCGUAGUUUUGGCGACUUUGGUUUAAAUGGUUCAUCAUCACAAUCAUAUGGAUCUCAUCCAGCAUAUCCACAUUAUGCAUCUCGUGACUCACAUUUUUAUCCUAGUGGAUCAGGAAUCUCAGGAUCUAGUGAGUCUUCUUCUACACACUACCCAGAGCCAGCCCCUGCCCCAACUUAUAGACAUUAUUCAGGAGAAUUUUCAUCACCAGUACAUUUUCAAGAGCAACAACAAAAUGACGUAAACUUGGGUUCAUUCAACUAUGUAUUUCCACAAGGAUGGGGAGAUAAUUUCCCAUCCCAAUCCCAAGAUACAGAUGCAAAUUAUGAAGACCUUCCACGUCAUUCUUUUUGGUGGUGACAUGUGUUAUGUUAUAAAUUUGUAAUAUUGUAUUCAUGUAUUUUCAACUAUUUAUUGAUAUUUGAUAUUAAUCACUUUUUAAAUUCAUGUAUGUGUAAUGUGUAUAUUGAGUAUUAAGUCUAUUGAGUAUUGAUUCAUUUUUAGUAA